AUGGCCGCGGUCAUGACACAAACCCAGUGCGUCUCUUCGGACGACACCUUAUCCCCAGGCUCUGUACUAAAGUUGGGCUCGCCGCCUCACGAUGCAGAGUCGAUGGGACUAGAAGCGCUGCUGAAGGGCGCCACCAGUGUUUUUGACAUUGCGCCCGAGACUGCGCUCCUACUGAUCUGCAACAAUAUCGAAAAAUUGGUUGCGCAUUUUGAGACAUUGCCUGCCUCUACCUCCUCUUAUCCCAACUCCAAUGGCUCGACCCCGAUGGAACCCCAGACACCGACGGAAGAAGAACCACCGAUGAGGAGUGUAGGAUUACACUGUGGUGAUACCGAGGACGGGAACGGCGACCGAUCCGAAGAGGACACUUUUCAACUACGGAUGCUCUCGCGAAAGUUCCUCUCCAAGAAUAUCCCCCCGAUUGCGCUGAAGGAUUACCUCCAGCGUCUACACCGAUACUGUCCCAUGUCGACCGCGGUCCUUCUCGCUGCGAGCGUCUAUAUCACGAGGAUGGCCUUCGUGGAGAAAGUAGUUCGUCCAUCACCGAAGAACAUGCACCGACUCGUUCUUGCGGGACUUUUAGUUGCCACGAAGGCACUUGAAGAUCUCAGUUUCCCGCAUAGUCGCGUGGCCAAAGUCGGCGGAGUCUCUGAGCAGGAGCUCUCCAAACUGGAAGUGGCCUUUUGCUUCUUGGCUGACUUUGACCUGCGUGUGGAUGCGCGGAUGCUGAUGGAUGAGGCGAGGAUACACUGCACUGGACAUUUGCAGUUAUCUGAAACUGAUUUUCUGGAGGAGAAGAGUGGUUGA